GACGUCGACUACCGCGUGCAGUUCACCGCGGCGCGCAAGCUCGCGAAAUACGUCUUCCCGCGGCAGUAUGGGUUGGCGCACCCUUUUCAACACACGAAGGGCAAUGUCCAGCAGCUGCCGGACUUUUCAGAUAGGGAAGCGGAGAUUGAGGCCCUUGGUCCCUGUAAGACGCCAAAGAGGUUGAAGGAAGCGCUUUGUCUGCUUGAGAAGUUGAUUUGGCGCCAUGGCAAGUGCAGGUACCUGCCGUUGCGCGACAAGGUGUGCCCAACGAAG